AGCCUCAAAGAUUCUCUCUCUCUCACUUGAACUUGUUCAGUUUUUCAAAGACAUGGGGGAUUUGGUGUCAGCAGGAGACUCAUGGCCUGAAUUUACACUUGCUGAGAUUAAGGAAUUGGAGAGUACAUAUAAGGAGUUAGGCGAAGCAUCAUUGAGCCAGGAGUUUUGCCAAGCACUCGCAACCAGUUUUAGUUUUGCUGCGAGUCGUGCUGCGAGACCUGCCAUUCCUUGGCAACAGGUGCAAAGUUGGUUCCUGGAUAAGCUGAAAGGCUCACGAACUAAAGUCCAACCGUCUUCAUCUAAGGCCCUUAGUUUCUUUGUUAAUCUUUCUCGUGAAAUUUUUCCAAGCAUUGAACCUGAGACUUCACAAAAGCCUAAAGGUAACCGGAUCUCAGAACUAAAGGAAUGCCAAUUUGAAGCUAAAUCAGCAAAAGACGCUGCAUGGUACGAUGUUGCUUCGUUCCUCACCUACAGGGUUACAUAUGCUGGUGAUCUAGAAGUACGUGUACGAUUUUCUGGGUUUGGCAAUGCGGAAGAUGAAUGGGUGAAUGUAAAAGAGGGUGUUCGUGAGCGAUCUAUUCCGUUAGAACCAUCAGAGUGUCAUGAGGUCAACGUUGGAGAUCUUGUACUGUGCUACCAGGAAAGAGAACAUCAAGCAGUCUACUGUGAUGCCUACGUUGUAGAAAUCCAGAGGCAGUUACAUCAUGAUAAUAAUGAUAUAGAAGGCUGCCGGUGCAUCUUUUUGGUUCGUUACAGCCAUGACUACACUGAGGAAGCUGUUGAUUUGGGGAGGCUGUGUCGCAGGCCUAAACAUUAAAAUGUGAGGCAACCUUUCAUAUUCAAGCGGUUUGCAUUAUGCUGAAAAGUGAAGAUCAACUUUCCCUUUAGGGUGCAUUUGGUUCAGGAAA